CAUCACCGCUUCACCGCAGCAUCAUGUCCUCCUCCUCCUCCUCCUCCUCCAGCGGGACGGCCCUGUCCCAGGCUCUGUCUCGGUCCAGCCUGGACCCCGGCGCCCCGUCCCAGAGCCCCCACCUGCAGACGUCCAGGAGGAAGCAGCUGCGGAGCCGCACCCCCUCUGAAGACCCGCUGGUCCUGGAGUUUCGAGUCCUGGUCCUCUACACCGGGGGAACCAUCGGCAUGAAGAAGGACAGCAAAGGAGGUCUCGUCCCCGUCCCCGGCCUGCUCCUGAAGUUCCUGCGUUCGCUUCCCAUCCUGCACGACCAGGACUAUGCUGAGAAGCACCACCUGCGUGAGCGCUACGGGGAUCAAACCCUGGUUCUGCCUGAGAGUGCUGAGAGGAAGAGGGUGGUCUACACCAUCGAUGAGUACAACCCUCUGCUGGACUCCUCCAACAUGACCCCCGAGGACUGGGUCAAGAUCGGGACCGACAUCGAGAAAAACUACGAGACGUACGCAGGAUUCGUGGUCCUUCACGGUACCGACACCAUGGCCUACACGGCGUCCGCCCUGUCCUUCCUGUGUGAACACCUGCGGAAACCGGUGGUGGUCACCGGCGCCCAGGUGCCGAUCUACGAGUUGAGGAACGACGGCAGAGACAACCUGCUGGGGGCGCUGCUGCUCGCCGGACAGUUUGACAUUCCUGAGGUCUCCCUGUAUUUCUACAACAAGCUCUACCGAGGGAACUGCUCCACCAAGGUGGAUGCUGAGAGCUUCGAUGCCUUCUGCUCCCCGAACCUGGUUCCUCUGGCCUCCACUGAGGCCCACAUCAAAGUCAACACGGACAUCCUGUGGAAGGACAAAUCCACGGACAAGUUCCAGGUCAGCAGACACCUGAGCCGGAACAUCGGCCUGCUCCGACUGUUCCCGGGAAUCACUGCCGCCACGGUGAAGGCGUUCCUGCACCAGGACCUGCAGGGGGUGGUCCUGGAGACCUACGGCAGCGGGAACGCCCCCGAUAAAGACCAGGACCUGCUGCAGGCGCUGAAGAAGGCCACGGACAACGGCGUCAUCGUCGUCAACUGUACGCAGUGUCUGCGAGGAACCGUGUCCAUGACCUACGCCACCGGACAGGCGCUGAUGGACGCCGGCGUGAUCUCUGGAGGGGACAUGACUCCGGAGGCCGCUCUGACCAAACUGUCCUACCUGCUGGGGAAGACGGGCCUGGACACCAAGACCAGGAGGACGAUGAUGGAGGAGAACCUGCGAGGCGAGAAACACACCGACCUGCCCGGAGUUCCGCUGCGUCUGAGCGACAGCGGCUUCAUCCAGACCGUGGCCAGGUCUCUGCAGGUCUGCGUCCCCAAGGAGCUGGAGGCCAUCCGGGACGCUCUCGGCCCCCCGCUGUGCUGUGCUGCUGCCAGGAUGGGGGACGUGGAGGCCUUACGAGUCCUGAAGGACCUGGGCAGCGACCUGAGCGCGGGGGACCAGGACGGACGGACCCCGCUGCACGUAGCCUCCUGCCAGGGCCGCCUCCAGGCGGUGGAGCACCUGCUGACCGGCGGAGCCUCCCUCCACGCUCUGGACGUCUACGGGGACACGCCCCUCUCCGCCGCCGUGCGCUGCAGGCGUAAAGACGUGGUGAGACUCCUGAGGAAGGCCGGCGCCCACCUGACCCCAGACCAGCAUGAGGAAGCCGGAACCGAGCUGUGCAGCCUGGCGCUGUGCGGAGACCUGGACGGCCUGGAGACCUGGAGCCUGGCCGGAGCGGACCUGGACCGGCCCGGAUACAGCGGCCAGACGGCGCUUCAGCUGGCCAAAGCCGCGGGGAGCUCCAGGGUGGAGGAUUUCAUCCAGCAGCUCCGGAGCCGACCCGUCCAGCAGUAGCCGGUGUUCUUCCUGCCGCUCGCCACGGGAGGGCGGAGCUGCCUGGGUGUCCCAAGUCCCCGACCCGUCUUCAACACGCCGUCCGCCUCUUCGCUCGCUUUCUGAACGUCCGCUGAACCCGGAACCGCUGCUGUUCCUCUGGAGUCCAGGCAGAACCACAGCCGCUCAGCGGAGAGCGCCCCCACUCUGCUGCCUUUCAACAACUUCCACAGGAGACGCCGGGCUGUGAUGUCAUGACACGUCAGUGAUGUCAUAACGAUGUCAUAACGAGGUCUUGGUUUCUUUAUGGCGUGAUGAUGUCAUAACGAGGUCUUGGUUUCUUUAUGGCGUGAUGAUGUCAUGCUUUGCGGGGUCUGUGCAGCCCCGCCCACCCGGCUGGGCUCCAGCAGGUCUCAGUGGAACCUUCAGUUCUCUGGAGAACGUCUCUCUUCAGGAACUCCGUUCAGCUUUCCUCGCUCUGACUGAUCAUCUGGAAGAUCUGAUCGAUUUUACUCACUUUUGGUUCUUCUGCUGCUUUAUGCUAAAAUAUUCACGUUUGGGGACAAAACAAGAAUAAAUCUCCGGUUUGAGA